GACAUUGUUUCACAAAACUUUCAUUAUAGUUAGAUGUAGCCUUUUCAAUAAUUGGCAAACCCGUCUGAAAAAAUAACGUAGACAUCCUUUUCCGAUCGAGAACAAGAUGGCACCAGUCAAGGCUGUGAAGAAGCCAGGCAAGACGGCUGGAAGUGGCAAAGGCAAGAAAAAGAAGCUGGUGGUCAAGUAUGUUCUGGACUGCACCCACCCCGUGGAGGAUGGCAUCAUGGAUGUCACCAGCUUUGAGAAGUUCCUAAAUGAGCGCAUCAAGGUUGAGGGUAAAACCAACAACAUGGGCAACAAUGUUUCCCUCGAGAGGAGCAAAUCCAAGAUCACCCUCAACUCAGACAUACCUUUUUCAAAGAGAUACCUGAAGUACCUGACCAAGAAGUACCUGAAGAAGAACAACCUGCGAGACUGGCUGCGUGUGGUGGCCACUACCAAGGACACAUACGAGCUGCGCUACUUCCAGAUCAACAAUGAGGAAGAGGAGGAGGAGGAUGGAGAUGAAUAGACAUUUCCACCUGUCAUUGGUUUUACUAUGUACAUUUGAGAACAAUAAAACUUAUGACAGCA